CUCGUGGGUCUCCUGACUCUCCUCUGGUCCGAUCUGGCUAGUCCCACUGUGGGCCCGUACUAGUAAAAAAAAGAAAUUUAAGCCUGAAUGCAAGAUGAGUCCAAACUCGUGUACCGUGAAAAGAUGCGCUACGCUGCUUACAACUAGAUUGCAUUUCUCGUUCGCCGCCCGCCGCUCCAGCCUCUCCGUCUUCCUCGAGGACACGCACACGCCUCUGGUCGAUCCCAUCCCCGACUGCUUCGAGGGAGCGCGACAGGCGGAGAUGUGGCCGCCGUUCCUUUACGCGCCGUCGUCGCUCGUGGCGGCCCUAACGGCGGCGUGUGCCGCCGUUCUGGCCAUCCUGCCCCUCUACGAGUUCCGCGGCGGGAACAUAGCCUACUCCAAGUUCGUUCGCGUCGGCGCCGGCGCGCGACUGCGACUCCUGCUGCCGAGCCGCAUCGGGAUGCUCGUGAUCUACUCCCCGGCGCUCGCCGCCGCGCUCGUCUCCUUCGCCGUGCCGGGCGCCGUCGGAGGCGCGCGCGCGGGGCUACUCUGCGCCGCCGUCGCCGCCCACUUCCUCAAACGGGUGCUCGAGGUGCUCUUCGUGCACCGGUACAGCGGGAGCAUGCCGCUCGGCACGGCCCUGUUCAUCUCCUCCUACUACCUGUUCAACGCCGUGGCCAUGAUCUACGUGCAGCGCCUCAGCCGUGGCCUCCCGGAGCCCGCCGUCGACUUGCUCUGCCCCGGCGUGCUCGUCUUUGCCGUCGGCGCCGCAGGCAACUUCUACCACCACCUCCUCCUCUCGAGGCUGCGAGCCGGCGGCGGAGGCGGAGGCGACAAGGUGUGCAAGAUCCCGCGGGGCGGCCUGUUCGAGCUCGUCGCCUGCCCGCACUACCUCUUCGAGAUCGUCGCGUUCUUCGGCUUCGCCAUGAUCUCGCAGACGGUGUACGCGCUCGUCGUGGCCGUCGGCUCGGCGGGCUACCUCGCCGGCCGGAGCUACGCCACCAGGAAGUGGUACGCGUCCAAGUUCGAGGAGUUCCCGGCGAGGAUCAAAGCUCUUGUGCCGUAUGUCUGGUAGCUAGAGAGUGGUCGUACUCUGUAUGUGUUCAGAUUACAGGAGAUUUGCCACCUCUUCAAGGUGAUUUGGAUGUGUUGAUUUGAAUUGAAUAAUGUGAGUCUGUCUGUCAGGAAAAAUGAAAUUUGGAGGGGGAAAAAAGUGAAAUUUAAUUUCGGGGUUGGGCCUA